CUCUUGUUGUCUUCUGUUCUCCUUUAAUAUCCUGUGAACCUUCGUCUACGCUAGUAAUAGUCGAUUUUAAAUUACAUCAAGCCCCGAAUGUCUACUUCGACAUUCCCGACCAUGUCCCUUGACUUGGUCGGCAUCAUUUUCCUGGCCGAUCUCUCGCUCAUCGCGCAGCGAACUGCCCUCACAGGCGGCUCCACAUUCCUGGAUAUAUUUGUCCUCUGCCCCGGACUGCAUCACCAGCAGGAUGCCGGUAAUGUUCACGGCGGAGAAUACCCGGCUGUAGCUGCAAUGACAACAGGCUACGUGUUUCGCGUCGAGAAUCCAGCAACAGUUAAUUUCUUACAAAGGGUUGGUCGCACGGGCCAACUGACUACACUUUCCGUUACCAAUAUCCGCAAUUCUAAGCAAGGGUGGCUUUCUGAUUUUAUGUCCUCUAUCGACAGUUCCAUGUCACCCGGAACUGUCACGGCAUACCUCCUCGCAGUUGGCAGCACAAUCGCCGUCUCAUACCUUCUCAUCCUCACCGAAGACUGGUGGGGCCUUCUAGUACUCGCCGUUCUAAUGUUUACCCGAUUCAUCAAUGUGCUCUUGAUUCAGUCUCGCAGUCGCGCCGGCUGGAGUGGAGCCUCUGAACCGGGCGUAGUUGGAGACCUCCUAGUUCUUCUGAGCCAGGACCGCUGGGUCCGGAUCACGGGAUACGUGGAUGAUCUCAAAGCUGUGACUUCCGGAGAAUGGCUCCGUGAUAUGACGUGGGUUGAAAGUGCAUUGUCCGGUUUUACAACUUUAUUAAUCUACUUCAAUGUUGCCUUAGCAAGCAAUGCAAAGUUGUUUGGGCAAUUCCUGCUGCUGUUGCUUUUGGUUGGAGCGGCCGGUCUGCUAGGACUGGUGAAUAUGUUAACGCAGGGACUCCAAAUGCAUGGCAACUUGAUCACUGUUAACGGUCCACGAAGGAAAUACCGAAGAAGACUGGACAUGGCAGAGGCCUUGAUCAAGGAAACAGGAAGAGAUGAUUGGGCUGUGCGCUUGGGAAUGAUCAAUCCUUCUCAAGCGUCAGGUGCAAAGAGUGGUUCGACUGAAAAUGCUGCGUUCAGUGAAACGCUUACGAUGUGAUCUUAAGUUGGGCUGGGGCUGCGUGUGCUUAGCAUUCACUUCUCACCUCUCAUUACAAGAAUGACUGUAUGGGUCACUUGUAAAUGAUGGAUGGGCAUGCGUUCCAUAUAGGUCUCGUGGAAGUUUGUUCGUGGAUGUUAUUGAUGUGUGUUUUUCGCCGACCCCCCACUGGUGCCUGUUUAUGGUUCGAGACACUAGAUCGAGUAUAUAGUUCUCACCCAUGUCAAUAACAACAUAGCGGUAAAUCUGUAUGAGGAAGGCGAUCUUCAUGUAUUGGCACCUUAAAUAGUAAUAUAUAUCUA